AUGCAUUAUGGUAUUGACAAAGUGAAAGAUGGGAAAACAAAAUCCCAAAACCCGGAAGAGGGUAGAAAUGCAUCCUCUUCCAAAGGCGACCACUCAUCAGUUGCUAUGGGAACGUCCUCUACAAUGACCCAGGUCCUCGGAGAUCCAGAUGAUGAUCUGACUCUAAGAGCUGCCAUGUAUGGUGUUCUCUUCCAAGCUUUAGCUGAUAAGGGAAACUGGGAAGAAGGGCUUGCUGCGAUGGAUAAAGCCAUCAACGACAUGCCACGUACUAGGCACCGUCUAUUGAUAUUCAAGCAUCGUGUGAUGACCAAGGCUAAGCUGGGCCGCCAAGUUGAAAUGGACUUGGCUAAGUUCAAGGAUGAGAGUGAAGACUACGUAGCAUUGAUGUGGCAUAAGGUGGCACUGUGUUCCAAAGAUCAACUAGAGCAGCUGACUUCGCACCAGAAUGCUAUUGAAGCUCUAAAAUCUUCCACCAAUGAUUGGCAGAAGGUUGAGUACUUACUAAAGUUUGGUGAGUGGCUUUAUGUAAAUGAGUUUGGCAUCCAGGACUGUGUUGACCAGGUUCAGUGGGCAGCUGAUAUCUUGCUCAAUAUGAAGAUAGUGACCAGAUCCAAGUUGGAACAAGCAAAAUCAAAGAAGAAGAGGAAGGGUAAGAAAUCUGGGACAACGAUCUCUUCAGCAGCUCCAACUGAUACGAAAAGAUCAGAGGAGGAUGUAAAGGCAGCAGGUGGCGAAAAAUCAGAACCCAAGGGAAACCAUGGAAGUGACAGUGAGGAAGAAAUCAAUGCAGCUGACUUUAUACCUGUCAAGAGACAGACAGUAGUUGGACUGUCCACUACAAAUUUACUGCUCAAUGUAGUCGAACUGACCAGCGUCAAGCAGCUGGAGUAUCUAUUUCGUGUCCAUGUUAUGCUUGCCCUGAUGUCCGGUCGGGCUAGUCCACAUCACAAGGAAUAUUGCUUGCUUGCUGUUGGUUUUCUGAAUCGGAUUUGGCAGGUUGCAGUGACCUCAGCUGGUCAAGUGGCCAAGGAAGUGACUAAAGUUGCCUCAGCAGAGCAAAUAAUCAGCAAGACCUCUGCUAAGGGUAAGAAAGGGAAGGAGAAAGGAAAGGAUCAGGAGACACCUAAGGAGAAACCCAAAAGAAAAGGACCCAUUGAUGCUUUACCAAGUACCAUUCAGGAUUGGGCUGUGUAUGAGGUUCCUGAUGAGAUCCGGGAAGCCUUCAAGGAUGACAACACUGGUGAAGGGGUCAACAGUGGUACAAUCUUAAAGCCUACGUUGACGAUGUAUUACAUUGACCGACUUGUGGCUGAACUAAGUGACCUUAGCUAUGGACAUUUGACUUUUCAAGCCCUUAUUUUGGGUGAGGUUAUUGCUGAAGAUAUAGCGCAGUCUCCAAUAAAGGGAACGAAUUAUCGUCUUCGAAUUGCUGAUAUUUGUCUUGAGCUAAACCUUCCAUCAGCUGCCACAUUCCAUGAGGAAUCAGCCGGUCCUAUUGGAAUUAAUGCAUUAGACCAAGCAAAGUCCAGAGAAUCGAUCGCUCGCUGGAAAGACAAACAGAUUCAAGUGAAAAAGGAACAGUUACGUGUCAGUGAAUCUAAACGAGUGUUGACUGGUGACAACAACAACUCCCCUAAGAAGUCUGUCUCAAAAGCAUUCAUAGCUGCAGACCAAAAGGCUGACAUUAAGCUUCCAAUCCAAGGCCUUGGAAAACAUCUGAGUUCAGCAACAUUACGGGAAAUGUGGACAGAGCAAGCCACCAUCCUCCUCAAGCAGGGUUAUUACCAAGCAGCUCGUCACCUGUUAGAUGAGGCUUACCUGGCUUCAUCUGCAUUUAGUGAUGAUGCCACAAGCACCCAAAUCCUGCAGACAUUAGCCCAGCUAGCCUAUCAAGAGGCUAACUAUGGCCAGACUCUGAAUCUGCUGAAAGAAGCCCAGAAGCUGAAUGGCGAUGAGAUGUUCUGGCUGGAGACAUCACUCUUAAUGGUGGAUGCCAUCCUAGGUGAAAAUGAAGAUCCUAAGAAGAACAAUAAAGCCAGAGCCCUGCUUCUGAAGGCUCUAGCCGUGUAUGAGGACCUAAUCCUGCAGAGACCCAACAAAGCAAGCCUGCUAGCCAGCAUCAAAGGCAAGCUUCUAGCCAAGUUUGCCUCUCUACAAGUUGGUCAUGUUUUAUCUGAGAGCAGGAAUACGAUGGACCCCAAGGCACACAGAGAACUCCAAACAGCAUGCCAGAAAUUUGAACAGAGUGUUAUGCUGCUAACAGAAACAGGAUACUUGAAUGAAGCAGUUGAAGUUCUACAACAACAUGCUAACGUACUCCGGUUGUUUGUGUGUGAUAGCACUGAUCUAGAUAUACAGCACAGCUACCUACUCCAAGCAUACAACCUUUUAGAAAAAGCUGUUAGACUGACCAAUGAAAGAAUGGAAGAUGCACUAGGCAUGUCGCCCACACAGCAGAUGCGUGGUGUUGUGUUACCCAUUCAGAGGCAAGCGUGCGCCAUCAAGAAUGCCUUGGUGGAGCUUCUCAUUGACAUAUUCGUAAUCCACGCUGAUGAAGCCCGCAAGCAUAAAACAACCGAAGCACGAAAACCUUCAGUAAUAAAGCUUGUGGAAACAUACAUCGCAGAAUCUCCAACACUGACAGACACAGAGAUGAAAUGGCAGACACUCACUGAACAACUUGCAACAAAGGCUCUGAUGGAACUAACAGCUGCUCACAGCCUUGCUGGUCCAAUCCAGGAAUUGAGGGCAAAGACUUUGUACAACCUCGGUCGGUGCUUGCGCAUCAUGGCUGUCCACAAUGCACCUGAUUCACCAAACCUGUGGGACGUACAGCUUAUGGGAUUUGGUAACAAUGAAACUACUCCAUCAGUGAAAGAAGAUGGGGAGGCUGAGGUCGAGGCGCUAGAAAAUGAAGUAGAGUCAACGACUUCAAAAGAGUCAAUUAAACUAGCAAAAUUGGCAAAACAUGCACAGGCUGAGCAGAGUACCUCAUUGAGUUAUCUGGCACAGGCUUCAGAAGCACUUGGUCAGUGUGUUCAGCUAGCCCUUAAGGAACAAUUGAUAGAUCUAGUAGCAGGUGCAUCCUUGGAGAUGGUGGAGUGUUGCGGUCAGUACGACCCACUGACAUCAUCAUUGUACCUCGCUCUAUACCAGAGCUGCCAAUGUUCCAUUGUCAUGAAGGAUGUCUUGGAGCAUUGUCAACAGGAUCCUAGCACCUCUCAACAAGCUGCCCUGCUUCACCAGAGACGGAAGCUGUUGUCUGAUAACCUUACCAGCAACCAAUUCAGAGGAAACCUCAUGAAGUCAGUGGACAAGAAAUUGAUGGAAGUUUCAGAGGCUUGGAAGCGAUUGAAAAUUAAUCCUAAUCACCUAGAACUGUUCAAAGACUUACCUGCUAAUUUCAACCUCCUCAUUCUCCAGCAUUCAGAAGAUCGAUCAAUUUUGUAUGGAUCUCUACUGGAUAAACCUAAACAGUCUGGCGCCAAAGAAGGCAAAACAAAGGGUGGGCCAGCCCCAUUGUCCAAGGCCUGUGUUACUCGCACACUAGUUGAUCCUGAGGCCUUGGAUGGCCUCCUGCAACGCUUCAAACAGCACAAGUUCAAUGUGAUGCAAGCACUGUUGAAGGCCGAGUACCGCAGAUCACAACAAGUACAGAGGAACAAGAUGUUGGAGAACCUGGCUGAGAAUGUCCGCCAUGAUUUGAAGGAUCUGUCAGGUGAAAAUGAAUUAGAAGAACAAGAACUUCAAGAUGAGUUUAGCAACCUUGUACGUGCCAUGCAAGAUUAUUUACGACCAAUCACAACUGCUAUGGAACCAGCCUUCAGAGCUCUUGACAACAGUAGCUCAGGUGCACAAUCUGUGCAAGACGAGUAUGUAGUGAUUCUAGCCGAUAAGUGGCUAAUGGAACUCCCUCUGGAAGCGCUUCCGUUGUUGGCGUCGCCAUCCAUCUUUUCCCUUUCCAGGGAUUUCUCAUUCCAAAUGCUGUACAACAGAAUGCACCAGGAACCUGAUAGUGAGGAACAACCAGAUGAAAAGAAGAAAAAGGAAGCUGCCAAAGCCAAGCUUGCAAAAGAGAAAAACAAGUCUGUUAAAAUACUUCCACUUGAGAGGCAGGUGCCACCUCACUGUUGUGGUGUUGACACCCAUAAAUUCAAAUAUGUAAUUGACCCCCACAAUGAUUGCUCACAGACAGACAACGAAGAUGAGAAACCAAUAAACAUAAUGACACAGACUCUCAACAAUUACCAAGUGCAGUUCACAGCUCGCUGGGAAGGAAUUAUGGGUAUUGACCAUGUCCCGAGUAUUGGUGAGUGGGAGACCUAUAUGUCUGAAAACUCUGCAUUUAUUUUCUAUGGAAUGGAGAGAUUCUUCUCCCACAUUCAUCCAUCAAAAGUGAUUCCAAGGAAUAUGUCUGAGUGCAAAUUAGCCAUUUUGCUGGAUCUUGUUCAGACUAGUAAGAGUUUCUUACGUCAGUCAAAGAUUGAUGUGAUCAAAACCCAUAAUGAUCUGAAACAUGAGAAACCUGUUGAGGUGGCAAUGCUGAUGAGUAUGACUGGUAUAGGGUCUUUAGUUGUCAAUCAGUGGCACUGUGCACUUAAGGACAAUGCUGCAACAUUUAACACCCUGAUGAAAGCUUUGCUCGAAACAGGACGAACAUCAGGCCAGACAAUCCGGCGUAUGUUUAUUCCGCAUUGGCGACCUGAAGGGGAAGUGGAAGAUGAAGAAGGGGAAGGGGAGGAUCGUGAAGAUGGAUCAAGUGCUAAAGCUUGUGGGUCAGAAGCAAAAAAUGGUAAAAAUGACAAAAAGCCAAAAGGUUCAGCUAAGAACAAAUCUGAAAAGGUGGGGAGUAAAGAAAUUGUAGAUAGUAAACCAGAGGAGGAAGUAAAUACAGAGGAGAUAAUGAGUCGACAUUGGUUUAAUGUUGUCUGCUAUGGCUUACCGAAUGUAAUGGUUGUCCAAAUGUAGCAGACAACAUUAGUUUAAUGUCUUCUGCUAUGGCUUACCGAAUGUAAUGGUUGUCCAUGAUGUAGCAGACAACAUUGGUUUAAUGUCUUCUGCUAUGGCUUACUGAAUGUAAUGGUUGUCCAUGAUGUAGCAGACAACAUUGGUUAAAUGUUGUCUGCUAUGGCUUACCGAGUGUAAUGGUUGUCCAGAUGUAGCAGACAACAUUGGCUUAAUGUUGUCUACUAUGGUUUAUCAAAUGUAAUGGUUAUCCACAUGUAGCAGACAACAUUGGUUAAAUGUUGUCUGCUAUGGCUUACCGAGUGUAAUGGUUGUCCAGAUGUAGCAGACAACAUUGGCUUAAUGUUUGUCUACUAUGGUUUAUCAAAUGUAAUGGUUAUCCACAUGUAGAAGACAACAUUGGUUAAAUGAUGUCUGCUAUGGACUUACCAGAUGUAAUAGUUGAACAGAUAGCAAAUAACACGUCUACUAUGGCUUAUUGAAUGUAAAAGUUAUCCAGAUAUAGCAGACAACAUUGGUUUGUGUAUUGAAUGCAAAGGCUGCUCAGAUGUAGCAGAAGAUGCAGUGGUUUAGCAGAUGAUUAAAACAUUGUAGCAUACUUCAUAUCUAUUAUAGGAAUAUGAUAUAUACAGUACCUUUUAUUGGUUAAAAAAUGAUCUGCAGACUAGCUUAAUUAAGUGUGGAUUUCUAUCUUUCAGAAUUGUUAUAGCUACACAUACAAUAAUUAUUAAAUCUUUCAAAAAAAAGUGUUAUUUUCUUCUUAUAUUACAAAAUUAAAGAAAAGUAGUAACAUUCCUAAUCUUUUAUUUUAGGUUUCUGUUUUACUAUAAAGCCAAAUCAUUCUUUUCAAAUCAAUCAAUUACAUAGGCAUUGAUGAAAGUGUAAUUAAUAUAUUUAUAUGAACUUUUAGGAAGAAAUAUUUUAUAAUCCUUAAAAAAAUUAAAUACAGUUAUUAAUUAAUUUAAGAUUAUUUACAUUAAUCUAUCAGAAGCCAUAUGAAAUUAUAAGAAAAUUCAUUAAAAAAAAGAGACAUGAUAUAUUGCAUUGUGUUACUGUUGUGUUGCUGUUUUACAUAUAUGAAUAAAUAUUUGAAAUUUGUUUGUUGUAGUUUAACGUAAUCCUGUGUGGAAUCAAAGAUACAUAGCAGCCCUAUGCCAACAUUUAAAUAAUAGGCACUUUUCAAUUUUCACGUCAACAUAGUCAACGUCUUGACAUGAUGUCAUUUUCAAGCACUGCACAAUCGUCAACCCCUCGCUCGCUACCAGAUUUGAGGACGCGUCCACCCCGGUCUUCGCCGUCAACCUAAAUCUACUCGCCCCAUUGACUGUAUGACGUCAUUUUUUCAAGAUGACUCGCCGACUUGCACUUUGGCAAAUCUCCAAUUUCAAAAUGAGGAUAUUUUAUUCUGGACAGAUGAGGGCUCCCUGGACAGUAUCUUUCCAACUUCCUCUUCUUACUCUACUUCUCUUUUCCUUUUCCCGACAAUUUGCACUUUUACACGUUUUCAUGUGAGUUAGCAAGAAGCCCAUCCUGCUAAUCUCAAUCGACAGGCAGAUGGCCUACAAGCUUGAAUUUAUACACCACCACCUCUAAUUUCAUCUGCUGUUCUCACAGAUUUUUUGUCACAAGCCAUGCUCUCUGGACGAUUAUUUUUUCUGCACCAGAACCAGUCGUAAUCGGUUUUCGGAUGUUCAGUAUUUUUUUCAUUCAAAAAUCGCCCUGUCACGCCAAAAUUGGUCCACGCCAAAAAUGGUCCGGCGGACAAAUUUUGUUUGGCCGCCAAAGUCGGUCUGCUGUACUACUUCUGGCCGCUAAAAUGGUAUCCGAUCAUUUCGGUCGCGCCUUCAUUUCGGUCGCGGUAUUUUCGUUAUGCAUUUCGGUCGCGGUGUAUGGCGCGCACACGGUGCGACCGCAAAUCUGGAACAAGGGAGUUAGCAGUAUAGUAUUUUAUAAACACAAAACUUACAUAAAACAUUAGUUGACUAACAACUAUUUGUAUUACUGUACUAUAAUAUUAUAGUUUAUCAUUAAUAUUAAUAUUAUGUGUAUCAUUUGGUGUUAAUUUUUCUUACAGAAAAAACGAAAAUGUUACAAAGUCGACUUGGUUUGAGACAAGCUUCUCUUUAACGUUUGUUGCGAUGUAUAUUUUAUUAAUGCAUAAAUUGAAUGGAGAUUUAUGAAAUAAAUAUAGUCAAUAGA